AGGAAAUUAAGGGUGCUUCCUUUGGGAAGCAUAUUUACGAUGUAAAUUUAUCGAAUCUAGUUCGAGCUAUCGAAACAACUUGGUGCUUUCAUGUUUGAUUAUCUGAGCGCAGUAGGCAAGAUUCCAGAAAUAGCGAACUUACAACAAAUUAAUUUUCUGUCCCACCCUCCGUGGUUCCACCUAUUCGCCAACGGCGGGCGAGAGCCAACCCUAAGGCCAAGGUUCAUUCAUGAACGUGAACGUGUGGGUGCAGGACGAUACAUUCUCGAAGGUAGUCGCCACAGGCGCGCUGGAGACAAAUUUCCUGCGCUCAAAGGCAUAGUGAUGUGGUCUUCUAGUUCUCCGUACGUCGAUUUUUGCCAAAACAGUAAAGGCAGAACGCGAUGUUGAAGUACAAGCAUAGAAUAUGGUACAAGUACCUGAAUCUUGGUUUCGCAUUCGGCAGAAGAUGCCCCUAAAGUCUUUAGGUAUCCUAGGGACUAUUCUAGGGACUCUAGGUGCCCCAAGAUGAAAGCAGCAGUCACCACGCACGCCAGCGCCAGAGAGGCGAUUGGACCGGCGGCCAUCGUCGAUAACCGGCUCAAGCAGCUGUUUAACUCUACUGCAAUAUGGACCGUCUUGCACAUGCCACUGGAAGCAUUUGCUUCAUUCUCCUAACGAAUAUGGUGAAUGGAGAUGACUUUCUUGAAAAAACGAGGAAGAAGUAUUCUAAGACUCCUAUGAGUGUGACAACUGUCGUCGUAUUAGCUGUCGGUCUGCCACUGACCAUACUUGUAGCAUGUUGCGCCAUUUUUGGGGCUCUCUGGUACUAUGGAAGACAGCGCGCACUGGCAGCGAUGCAGUCCGGCUUCUAUGUGCCACCAACGUUGGGUCCAGCUCCGAUUCCAGGUCCAGUAAUGUCAGGCGUACCUACUUGCAGCCACCCAGAAGCGUAUCCUCUCGUACCUGGUACAUCCACAUCUCUGACUACCCUGAAUACACAACAGAAAGGCUUUCAAGAAGAGAGAAGUCCUCUCUACCCCAAGGAUGGAUACUAUUCUGAUUAUAACAGCUCGUCCCUGCCCCAGCUGCCCACAGCAACAACGCCAUCUGCACCACCUCAACCACCGCCCCCUUAUGGCAACUGAACGAACUAGCAUCUCCUGGACCUUUGUGGAUGGAAUGGACUGGCCACAGUAGCGCACUCUGCUGCUUGGUUAGAAGUUGCAAGAUUUUUCCCCGAUGGGAGCACAAUGCAAAAGCAACUGGCAGGGGCAGCAUGUCUCUGCCAGUCACCCACUGCACCAGUAUGCCAUCUGCUAUUUGCUUAUAACAACAACAAAAAAAAAGUGUCUGAUAAGCGCAUUUGCUUAUAACAGACCGCAAGCUAUGCUGAAAUGCAAACACCAAAUGAGGGAAAUGCACAUUGUGAGACAAUGAUGCAGCAAUGUCAUGAGGACAGAAGCAAUGUAUGAUGCUUCCUUGACUUAGGCAAUGUGAAAUAACAUAGACAGAGGGAAAGAGAACGCAGAUGCAGCGCAGUAUGAUGCUUGUGGACGCAUACAUUUAAAGAUGUGAUACGCCUUGGGCCACAGUUUCACAUACCAAUUGCGGAGGGUUUGCAAAGUAUUGGCACGCACCCAUUGGCACAUACCCAAUGACCCAAGAAUGGUGUAGUGCUACAAAUACAACAAAUUUAGGAAAAUCAAGGAAGAUGUUAAAUAUUGCGUGGCAUUAAGAAGAAUUUCUGUUUUAGAGAUACCUAUGAGACGACUUACAUGUACAUGCUUUAUGUCAUGAUUUAGUGGUUUGUUAGGUAGAACAGAGACGCAUGCACUGGCACUACAUUGUCAGUCAACAGGCAGUGUUCUAUAAUGCUGGUUUGCUAUAUCCUAGCUCUCGUGGCUAUGCUAGCUCAUGCUAGCUCUUGCUUAGCUCUUGUGACUGAUGAACGACAACCCUCGCCAAGUGAUGCUGUUAUAAGCAAAGAAAGCUUCCUUUAAUUAUUGCUUAUUCACUUAGGACAUGUUCUUCAAACCAAGAGACAUUUGUUAAGCCACAUUGCUCAAACCCAUGCUAAAUGUGGCUUAAGGGCACCCUGAAACACUUUUUGAACAUAGUAAAAAAAUGUGGCCGAUACUUUAACGAAGCUCCUGUGAACACGUGAGCCAAAUAAUAUUGCACUGCAUACAGCAGAAAAUUUACAAUCUCUUGUCAAAAGCAGGGAACAGUUGCUUGCUCUUGCAUCUGCAAUGUCGUCAUCAAAAGCAGUUGGCACACCAAUGCUAUUGGUUGAUUUCAUGAUCGCGAGAGCAUUCUCAGUAGUGCACAGUCACUGACUUUGAGUUAAAUAAAUUCAAAAUAUGUCUCCCUUCUCAAAAUGGCAGAAAUAUUAUUUCAUCUUUGCACUGCAUGCGUCUGCGUCUGUUGUGCGUAGCUUUCAAGAUGGCAACGGCGUGCUGCAUAGCGUAGUUUACUGCAGCUGCCAGGAGGUGCAAGCUGCAGCUGCAACAAGUACUUUUGCUGCUGCAACUCGACCUUUAGGCCGGGCAUUGCCUUCUUGGCUUUUCCACUGUAUAGCUUCCAGUGUGGUAGUGAAGACAAAAAGAGGGAGAAAGCCGCGUAUCGGUGCGAUAACACCAAUUAUAGUUGAAGGUUUUGAAAAGAUUGUGCGGCUUGAGAUUUGUGAGACAAUGUACCUUAAUAGUGAGGCCAUUCCAUGAUUAUUUAAAAAAGUGUAUUGGGGCCCCUUUAAGGCAGACCAUUGAAAGCUUCUUGCUCAAGCACAUUGUAUAUACCAUCAAACUAGCCUCGUGGUCGAUGACCCAUACAAUUUGGAUCCCUGGCCAAUAAUAGUCAUUGUCAAUAGUCAUUAAUAGUCAUUGUGAAGAAGGCUCCCGUGCGAAAGCUGAAAUGUAUUUUAUUUGAAUAUACUGUACCUUGGUCGGCAUUGUGCGUUUUAUCGACCAUGGGUCCCUGAAACUGACAAGAACUAGCCUCAAAUGAACAUCCUUCAAAUUGCCCUAAACCACACAAGCGAAGUGUAUUGUUGUAGUCUGUUUUCCUGUUGCGUCAUCUCAUCAGAGUUCCCCAUAUGGUCUUUUCCUACCCUUUACAUGCCAGCAGUUCUCGUACCAACUUCAGCAGGUGAUGUCACUUCUAUUAUACAACCUUGCAGAAUCAGCAAAGCUCCUUAUUAUAACUGCUGGCAGCCAUCAUAACAUUGGGUGAGACACUGCCUUCUUCUUUUCACCUCUAUUCUGCUCUUGGUGCCUACGGUCCGUCAGUCGUGUCACCAUGUGAAGUAACGUGCAAGUUGUUCUACGCAUGUUGGCAAACUUCUCAGCUCUUCAAAUUUCCCCUCUCCCUUCUGCCCAAGAAAGUAUUGGGGCUAUGCUCUGGGACAGUGUUCUUUAUGACGAUGCUUUCAAUUUUGUAUGGCAUGCAGUUCAGUACGAUAUUUCACGUAGACAACCUCUUGAUGAUUUAAAUGGCAAAUCUGGUGAUUUUUCUAUAUCCACUGAUCUUAAUAAAAUUCUGAAUGUAUUAUCUUUUUUGCUCUGAUUAUCUAUGCCAAACAGUAUGGCUGCAAGUCAUUUAGUUUUCCUGAAAAUGAAUUUUAAAGAUUGGUUGCGUUCCCUACUCAUGACUUUUUACUGGCCACCCUGUGUUUGUGACAUCAGAGACUACGCUGCCACUGUCGCUGAAAUCGCUGCUGUCUAGUUAGGAAAAUCUGUAAAAACUCCCUGUAUUGUCAGGAGACAUCGUCAGCGUCACUUGUUUGGCGUUAGUGCUACAUGUACUGUGUAGCAUGCAUUCUGUGUGUUUACAUUAUAGUAGUGUACUGUAGGCUUCAGUAUCUUGUUUAUUGGUUAUUUAAAAUUAUUGAUGAAUUUAUAAGCAAAUUGAACCGCCCUACUGGUGACAGGACUGUCAAUGCCAUUUGAAAAUCUCAAUCUCCUAAUAUGAUAAAAAAAAAUGCCGGAGUUCCCCUUUAAGGUUUCAGAUAUCCACACGAUCAAAGCAUUCGCACAGUAUGUCAAAAUAAUGGUGAUGAAAUUACAGCAUGCUCAAGCACUUUUUUUGUCACUGCUGCUGUUUUAGUGAAUUGGGAUGCAUUUAAGACCCCUGGGGUUGUCAUUCUAGAACGCAGCACAAACUCUCAAGCUUCAUGUCUUCUCUGCGCACCAAAGUGACACCGGCAGUGCGGUGACAGUGAUGCUGCAAUUGCAGCAACAGUGACAUACCAAUCCCACAGCAAAGUGUGUCUUUACAAGAGAGAAGGGUGUUCAGAGAGGUUCAGGUAUAGCACUUGCUUUCACAAGUGAUGAUUAUGGUUGCUCUUGCAUGCGAUCUUAGUGGGCUGUGUAGUAAUGGAAGCAUAACAGUUGGCUCUUGACACCCUCUUCUCUUCCAAGCACUUCCAAAGUAGCUGAAUGAAUGUAAAAUACUCUGGCAGAACAGUCGUUGUCCAUCACUCUACAAGUUAACUUUUACAUUUUAUUGUGCCAAAGCUGCACCAUGGCUAUGAACAAUGCGCAUGGUGCAGCUUCUGACUAAUUCUUGUAGCAACCUAACGUUCUUUACUAAAGCAUACAUAGCACAUGAAGGUAGUUGCAUUGUGCCCUCAUUAGGAUUUGAUUGUGUGACUUCCUGCUUCUCAACAGGGUGGUGUGAUCUCUGAGCUGCUGUGGCAAGUCUAUCGCUUCCACAGUGUUUUAGGGGAUUGCAGUACGUUUCAUUUAGUUUGUGCAAAGGGAAGUAGCUUAGGGGAUGCAGAUGUCAUUGAUACUGAAGGCAGCUGUGGCAGGGGCUGCUAUGACGAGUUGAAUCCAUCUUCAGGGUACGGAGGACUCCUCCGUUUCUGGAGGCCCUUCUGUUGUACAUACAACUGCAAUGUGGGUGCACCUGGUGUGAGAGGAUGCAGUUCUGGAGCGAGGGUUGUGUGUGUAGGUAGAUGCAUCAGACAUCACUGGACCCAACAAUGAAGACACAGAGGGGUGGGGUUGCAGCAUUGCCUGCAAAGCACAACGUGAUGGUUGAAAGACGUUACAAAUGAGCACUGUGUUUGAUGAGUAGGAAGGAUAUGUAAAGGGAAAGGGCAGAAAGGUCAGCUUAAUGCUUACUACUCUGUCCUGUUAUUCUGCAUAGGGAGAAAAAGGAAAGAGCAGAAAAAGAUUGCUACCAUGAGUGAUGACGACGACAAGGAGCAAUAAAAAGCAAAUGAUUAGGUGCCACUGUGACAGAACGUCAUUUCUACAUGAGGGAUGAUUCUUGGCCCCUGCCAGCUACACUCAUAAUAGCCUUCAUGGUGGUCUUAUCUUUAUUAUUCUGUGUCAUCUCUUUGUGUGCCUGCUACCGCAGAAGACAACGUUUAUGGGCAGUGACACAAUCCAGCCCAUAUGUGGCACCAUCAUUGAGUCCAGGUCCAGUUCCAGGUCCAGUGAUGUCAGGUGCAGCUUCCCACACCCACCCAGAAGCGCGUCCUCUCAUACCGGGUGCAUCCACAUAUCUGAGUACACCCAAUACAGAACAGAGGGGCUUCCCAGAAGAGAGGAGUCCUCCCUACUCCAAGGAUGGAUUCUACUCUGAUCAUGUUUACCGGCAGCUGCCCAAAGCACCAGUGCCAUCUGCACCGCAUCCGCCCUUGCCUCCUUAUAACCACUGUUGAAACUGGCAUGACCUAAAGCUUUGUGGACGCGAUGGGCUUGCUACAGUGACUCGGAGGUUGUGCUACUUCGCUGUUGAGUCGGAAGUCGCAGGAUUUCACCUUGAUGGCGGGCACAGUGCAAAAGGGUUACUGUGGUCAUUGCACUGUAUCCCUACCACAGCCACUCAUAGCUACAAUGCUUGAUUGAUUGAUGGAUAUUGUUUCUUGGCGCAAGGGCCAGCUACAAUGCUAUCUAUAGCACAUGAACCACUGCCGUGUUACGGAAACUGAAACAAAACAAAAUGGUAUGACCUAGGCUUUUGUGGAAGCAAUAGAUUUGCCAUAUGGUCCCUGUGUGGGAGAUGCCCGCUGCGCGCUGACGCGCGUCCUGCUGGCCCUUUGAUACAGCUUAUCCAAUACAGUAGAUUUGCCAAAGUGGCUCAGAGCCUAUGCAACUCUGCUGUUGUUUGGGAAGCCAGAGGAUCACAUCUCGUUAUGGGCUCAAAGCGGAAAUUUGUGCUGGUGUGCUAAGGUGAAAAAAAAAAAAUCCCAGGUUUUCAAAAUUAAUCACGAGCUUCCUGCCAUAUGGCAUGCCUAAUAGUAUAAUAGCCCAUGUUGCAGCUUUGGCACAGUGAUAGACAACAAUGACACUGGAUAGUGGCUAAUUAUUCUAUGCCCGUCCAGUUGCUUUGGAAGUGCCUAAAAGAUUUGGAAUUGUAGAAGGCAUGAAGGGGCAGUUCUUAUUACUGCACUGCCAACCAGAAAUGCAAACUAUAUUCACUGCCUUGGGGAGCAAAUUCUAUACCUGAACCUCUCUGAGUCCCUUUCCUGUAUGGUUGUGUAAUGCCACACAUUAGCACUUGUACAUCGUUGUCGCUGCUCCUGCGGUAUUAUUGUCACUGCAGUAUCACUCUCUCUUCACUGCAGAGACAAGACAUGAAGUUUGAGAGUUUGAGAGUUAGGGCUGCAUUUUGGAAUGAUAACCGUAGAGGCCUUAAAUGUGUGCCUUAAGUAAGCUGCAGUGAUGAAAGGAUGUGCGGGUGCGCUGGCUCUUCGUCGCAGUUUUCUUGACAUACUGUAUGGUUGUGUUGAUUCAUUGGGUGGCAGAAAUAUUACAUCAUCAAGAGAUUGUCUUCGUAACAGUUAACUGUUGUGCUUAACCAUGACCCACACAAAAAUGAAACAUUGUUUCAGAGUAUAGCCAUUACUCUUCCAUGGACAGAGGGGACGUUCUUCAUUGAAGAGCUGAAAGACGUGGCAGCACCUGUGGAAUGACUUGCUACUCUGUAUGGAUAAGAAAUUGACGGUCUGGGGGCACCAAGAGCAUAUGUGUGCUUGUGCCCUUGCUCUUUUUUUGUCUAGUUGCAGUGUCGUUUUUUUUUACAGCUGUUUCAUGAUUGUACUUCACAGUUAAUUGCAGGCAUAACAGCAAGAUAUGCAACUGUUUCUGAGCUUUGUUGCAAACGUGUGUUAUACUUUCUCUGCUUCUCUACAGUAGUGUUACACAGCAUGAAAGCCAGGCACAUGCUUCCUAUCGCCAACUGGUGUUGAUUCCGAACGAAGUGCACUGGUUAAAUUGAGUCAAUCCUCAAAUGCUAGCUGCCAGAGGAAGGAGUCGGGAAACUGGCACACUCUCACUUUUAGAAAUAAAUUGUCACUGCGCCACACCACGCAUGUGCCAAGCAUCCAUCUCAAAGCACUAGCUUUCAUGAUAGAAGUGCUAAGCUCAUUACUCUUUGUUUCAUGUGUUGUUUUGUGGCCCAAUGGGUAGAACAUAGAAAUGUUGUAGGGGACCCUGGUCGAAAUCUCGCCAUUGGACACAUAUAUUAUUUUAUUGAGCGACAGCUUCUGUUAAACGCCUUGCUGAGCCUAUCCGGCGAGAUAGAUGACACACUAAACCUUGCAAAAGUAGGCAAAGAAAGCUUUGCUUUAGGACAGUGUCUCACUCAAUGUUGUGAUGGCUGCCAAUGGAGCUUGGUUCUGCUAAGUUGUAGUAAACUGACGUCACCUAUCCAAGUUAGCACAAGAGCUGUUGGCAUGCAAAGGGUAGGAAAAAAAAAACCACACUGGGGAACUCUGAUGAGAAGACCCACCUGGGAAAACGUGGUUCAUCCAUAAAUGCACUUUGCUUUUGUGGUCUAGAGCACUUUGAAGAUCCUGAUUUGAGGCUUGUUCAUAUCACUUCCAGGGUGAUUACAGAGCUGAUUGACGGGGAGUGGGCGGGGGGAGGCGAGUUUGAUGGCAUCAAAUAUGUUCAAGCAGGAGUGCAGACAUGCUGUCAGUGGCCCGCCUUAAGCCAGAUUUGGCAAGGGUAUUAAGGGAUGCAGCUUAUGAAAUGCCUCGGGCUUUGCCGGGUCCUUGCCUGCACUUACAGGGGGGUUCAGUAUGAACUGUUAACACUUGGUUUUCAUUAAAACUUUUCAUUUGUCCUGUUUUUAUUGCACUGAAAUCGAGCAUGAAAGUGCUGAUGCUUUUAUACAACAGCUACUUGACAAGUAUUAGUGAAUGAGGUUUAAGACAUAUUUGUUGUUUUUCGAGUACUGAUUGGGUGCUUUUCCUUCAAACUGAUGGGACCUGUAUAAGCCGUAAGGUUGUUGCUCUGUUUAAUAUAUAUAUAUAUAUAUUUUUGUGACUUGUGUGUCCUGUAAACAAAUGUCCCCAGCCACAAGAAUCCUAGCUUUUGUAACGCUGCUUGCUGGACAAGUAGCUAUGCUAUUUUUAGAAGGAACGGAUGAAAAUUCAGACAACCUCAGGAAGAAACAACUUAAUUAGUUGUUUAGCUGUUUGACUUCCUUCCUAUAUGCACCUUGCUGUGAGCUGCUUUAUUAUUAUUGUCUUUAUUAUUUCUUGUGAAAUUUGAACUGGGGUGCUACAUAAAAAUUGCUGUUUUUAGCGUACGAAGUACGUUCCAAAAGUAAGUUUCAUCAUUUUUUGAAAGAGAAGACGGUGCACCAGGUGAAACAAACAAUCUCCAUAAGAAUCCACACCCAUUGCUGGUUCAGUGAUGGAAGGAGCAUCAGUGGAGGAGGAAUGACGCAUGUGCAAAGCGCUAAAGAAAAGAGAGUAGCAGCAGACCAGCAUGCCUGAGAUUAUCGAGUACAAAUCACAGUGGCAGACAGACGUGUACUAACAGCAUGGUCAAUGGAAGUGCGUGCUGUCGUCUGGUAUGAAUGGGCACGUGGGACUAGUGUGUCCACCAUCCGUGAAUGCCUAACGAUCGUGUAUGGUGAAGAGGUCAUGUCUCGGGCCUUGCAUCGCAGGGCACCGAGUUUUACUAGGGUGGUUUCUUCAAACUGAUUGCAUGCUACGGUAGAUUUCUCAACGUAAGUGGCAACUAUGUGGAAAAAUAGUGCAAGGUGUAUAGUUCAUGAUGCCAUAGUGUAUUUCUUUUUAUCAAUAAAUUUUCCGUGUGAAAAUAAAUGACGAAACUUACUUUUGGAACGUCCCUCAUAGCUUUUUAUAACGUGAACAAAAAAAGGGAUGUGCCAAGUGCUAGUUUUGUAUUUUGUGAUGCAGUUAUAUUGACUUGAGCGUGGGCCGGAUUUCACAAGUGAAGGUUACGUUGCUGUGUCUGCUUGCUACUCAUGAAAUACUCAUUCUGUUGUAUUGAUUACUACAAAACUGGGUGAGGCUAGUCUAAGAAAUCUAUAGUACAAGCUUUGCCCCCAAUACUGUGCUACACUUACCCUCGUUGCCUCCAUGCGUUUAAACAAAGUUCCAGGAAUAUCCCGAUAUUGAAAGAAGUUCAUCUCUGCCGGCACAUCCUGGGAAUGAGCAAAUGUAAUUGGCUGGCCCGUAUAUACAAACACAAAUAUAAGUUGGACAGUGGUGCAUUCUUAGGUUGUCGCAACCAUACGAGUUCUCUGUGAUGCCUGUGUAUUGCAUGUGGCUGAGCUCAGUGAUCUAAUGUAAUUUUUACCUACACUUGCUUUAUCCGCAGCUUGCAAUUGGCCCCCUGUGUACAGCUGGAUGAAAGCAGAGGCAUUGUUAUACAUUACAACCCUGCUAAUAGAUUCCAUGCUGAUACAUUUUCCAGUUGUAAAGUGUCUGAAGCCCAGUCACCGUAGUGCUAACAAUGUGCUUGCACAAUAUGUAAACCAGCUACUAAUAUCCUCUUUCUUUGUCUCAAAUUGAAAAUGUAAUGCAGUUGCUUCAGUGUAUAAGGCUGCAAGAAUAUAAGGCCAUCACAAUGUUUCAACACCUCAUGUUAACAUUUGUGAAGUGGCUGUCGUGCAUCACCAAACCAAAUUUUAGGUUUAUAAUUUGUAUGUGUUUUUCGAGACCCGAAAUCAUAAUUCUUCAGCCACAUUAGUCAAUAGAGUUUGACUUUUUCUUCAGGUGUGGCACAUAUAAUUUAGAUGGGCUGUGUGGUUGUCUCAUAAUAUGGGUGUUUCAGCAUUUCACAUGCAUUUGAAUAUGGAAAUUCAAGUUGCAAAUGAGCUAAAGCUUUGUCCUCCUAGAUGUUCUGCAUCGGCUUUGCAGCAAAGUGUAUCUUGCCUAUUAGUACUUGCUUUAGGCAUAAGAAAAAAUUUCCAGCCCUUUGACAUUUCCUCUAAGUCUUGUUUUAUGCAUUGUAUCACCUUGGCAUGUGUAUGUAUGCUGCAGUGGCUCGUGCAACAUUCAUUUUGCAAACUAGGUUGUUUGUACAGAAUUUCCAUGCUACAUCUCUUGUACAUGCACACCGUGUAGUAAUUUGUGAGCACUAGUUUCAGUGUAGGCUGCUAAAAGCCAUUUGGAAAAGUGCCUGCUUGAGCUGUCCUUGUAAGGAACUUUGUGCCAGUGUAAUGUAACCUCAUAAAUGUUCCUUAUACUGCAGGCGGCUGUGGCCUGCGAGUCUCGCUCACCACUUGUUAUGGUGAUUGUUAUUGAACUCUUCCCACGUCAUUUUAUUCAUAAACACCAAGUUUUUUAGCGAAGCUGCAUUGGCACACAUGUUGUUACAUCAAGAAGGUUUGUUCACAGCCUCAUAAAGAAAUGAAUCUCUCUUCGCGAAAAUGUUGCUGUUUACUUUUAAACUUUUGCAAAUGUGUGCUUCCGGUUGGCUAAGCAACAACAGUAGCUCAGCUUAUGGUGGCAUGCUUGACGAUGGGAAAUUUACCUAACUUUGUUUGCUGGGCUUUGUUUGGCACAGCAUGAUUGUUUUGGUGCUUAAGAAAGUUCGUUUAUUUUGCUGCUACCAGAUUAAAAUGUAUACUUUGUGGCCACAAAUGUCUAGGGAUGUGGCUUCUAGCAAAAGGCAACGCGACUGUCGAAUGAAGCCAUUUUAAAGGAAUUGAGACACCUGUAUUAGGAAGGGGGAGAGGGGGGAGUACUGUUCUGUCAUUUGCAGCAGCUUUCCUGCAAUCUGUUCAUGGACCAAUGGCUAUCUUCAUCAAACAUGACUAUUUAUUAUAUCAACUUUUUCAGUGGAACAGUUUUCUUCCACUGACAUUCAUGCUUAUUAUAUGUGGUUGUCAUAUUUUCUGCACUGCUAACUUAUGCAGUAGCUACUGUUCUUUGUUCCUAUGUGCAGCUGAACAAAUCUAACCUCUGUUUUCAACAUUUUGACACAUUUCAUAUAUGUAUCUUUUUAAAAUUUUUUUGCACAUGCCAUGCAUUCACCAGUUUGUGAGCAUGAUAAGCUUGCUUUGAGCGAAAUUUAUUCCAUACUACUGCUAUUACUUCUGCCUUAUAUGCGGCAAGCUUGGUGGAUAUCGUAAACAACUUGUCUGCUGUAGACUCAAGUUUCCACAGUUUGGUUCCUCUCUGAAAUGUGGGAGUACUUUGUGUGCAUUAAAUUGUUCAAAAUGGCUGUCACUGAAAAAUGCAUGAAAGAAAGAACCAAAUUUUUUGCUAAUCUUGGGACAUUUACGGAUAUUAGAAUUAACUUGUUCAGAGUGGUUGUGUGUGUUAGUUAAGGGUCAUCUUGAAAACGUGGUUCAAACAUGUGGGAAACAUGCAGGUUACUUAUACAACAAGCAAACAUUCAUAACUCUGUCCUGCUUGUUAUCUUUUUCUGGAUUCAGUGUUUCUCCACGCUGUUGUCUGGAUUUAAGCUGUGAUACGUAAUGUGACAAUAGUGUUGUCAGCUUUAGAUUCGGUGACAAGAUUCUCGUGCCUACAGACUCUGCCUGCUCUUGUUCGCUUGCAGUUUAUGCAUUUUACUGUUGCAUUUUUACUAUGGCUGCAGAAUGCUUGUUGUAAAUGUUCAAGUCCAGUCAAUAAAGCACAUUAGUGUUAUUGUAA